AUGACAGAUGUGGUCAAAGGCAAUAGAAUAAUACAACAAGGGAUGCAGCUCAAAUUCUAUCCACCUGAGGUAAGAGAUGGAAUUAAAAUCGUGAAGCUCAAUCAACAAGAAAUGGAGCAGCAAUUUACUACUCCUACGGUACUACUGCAUGAUGAUGGCCACUUCAUCUUUAGAUUUGAUUCAAUUGAGGAUAAGCUGCAGAUUAUGGAAAAGGGACCAUAUACCUUCAACAAUAGACCAAUGAUUCUAAAGAAUUGGGAACCUGAAUUUGAUAUGGACAAGGAGCCUAUGCGAGUGAUGCCAAUGUGGGUCACACUACCAGGACUACCUAUCCAAUGCUGGGCAGAGGAAAAUUUGGGGAGAAUUGCAAGUUGUUUAGGUAAACCAAUAUGCACUGACAAACUCACAGCAAAUUGUGAGAGAGUAUCAUAUGCUCGUGUGCUGAUAGAAAUGGAUAUAACACAGCCAUUUUCUGAUGAACUGCACUUAGAGCUGUCUGAUGGGAAAGUGAGGGUGCAAACAGUGGAGUAUGAAUGGAUACCAAAAUUUUGCCAGGAGUGCAACCAAUUUGGUCAUCUAAAUGGGGAAUGUAUACUAGAAAAAUAG